AUGCCCGCUACAGCCCAGCCAGUGAAAAAAGGGACUGCAGAUCGGAGGAGGAAGACCAAAUCAAGGGACGCAGAGACCUCUCUCUCGCUGUUCUAUACAGAGACAGGGAAUAAUGUGGGCUUCGUGUACAGGAAGUACCCUCAAGGAAGAGGCCUAAGAAGGACUAGCUCUUCUAUUGAGUUGCCCAGAAAGGAUACAGUCUGCUCCAGCCGAGAGUGGGUAGCAAAUUAUGGACUAAAAAAACUGAAGAUGGAGAUCUCCAGGUACCUCGGUCCCAAGUGCACUAAUCAAAAGUCAACACAGACGUCGGCAUCAGCCAGAUACUGCAGUAUCUUCCCCAGCAUAGAGAUCAACUGACCACAUCUGCCACAAAAAUCAUCAUCCCAAUUCUCA